CUGGCUUCGGUGGAGCCGAUUUCGAAGUCCACUUUUAUGCUCAAAUAUUAACUUUUGAAAUCAGAAUGUCGGGAUCUUCCUCUCAAAAUCCCACAGGGAAAAUUUACCAAUCAGUCAUAGAUGAUGUUAUUAACAAUGUUCGGGAAGCAUUUCAAGAUGAAGGAUAUGAUGAAAACGUUCUGCACGAACUUAGACAGUUAUGGGAAGGGAAAUUGAAGAAAAGUAAAGUCGUAGAAUUCUCCGGAACAGAAACAAAAUCUGCCCCUGUUUACUUGCAAUCCGUUAUCCAACCGGGAACACAACAAACAGUAUAUCCCACUCUAACCACCUCUGGGCAAGCUGGAGCUUCGGCGGCAAUGCAAAUUCCUGUUUCAUUGAGUCAAAAUCUUAUUCAAAUUAACGGUCAAAAUUUUCUUAUUCAAUCUGGAAGUCAAAACUUGAUGGUUGGUCAAAAUAACCAACAGAACCGUAUAAAUCAGGUAGAUGGCACUGCAGAUGAUGAAAGUGGGAAAGGUUCCGAUGAUGAAACCUUGCCAUCUAAAUCACAAAUCACAGAACACAAAGCUAGGAGAAAAGGCAAGAAAGUGGAGAUCAUCAUACAACAUGACGGAGCAAAUGAUUCCUCCUCUUCAUCUGACUCAAAUUCGUCUGACGAAUCUGAAAAAGAUGAAGAGGAAGAAGAGCAAGGAGAGGAAGAAAAGUCACUAAAUUCUGGAGACGAUGUUAGCGAAGAGGACACUGGUUCAUUGUUUGAAGUCGAUAACCUCGUCGUUUGCCUUUACGAUAAGAUUAAUCGAAAUAAGACUAAAUGGAAGUUCACAUUAAAAGACGGAAUAAUGAAUCUUAAAGGAAAGGAUUAUGUUUUUCAAAAAGCAACUGGCGAUGCUGAUUGGUGA